AUGAAAAAUCCAAAUUUAGUAGGACUAGAACAAGAUAAAGAUGUUCAGUUUGUAUAAAAUCUGCUGGAUUUCAGCAAGAGAAAAGAGUAAGGUUCUCACGGUUUCUUCGAAACUUCUGGUAAGUAAAAGCUAAAUGAGGAGAGUAUUUGCUUGAUAAAAGCAAAUUAAGCGAUGAAGAUGCUAAUUAUCAGAAACAGGAAUAGCAAAUAAGUUAAAAGUAAUAAGCAAAUACUUCCAACUAAAUCACCUAUAGUCCUCCAUUAGUAACAAAAUGAUAGUUGUAGAUACCAUUACAACCUUGGUAAAAUAUUCAAAAUGAAGCAACUGACAAAUUAACUGAUUUUGAGAAGUCUAAAUUUAAUAUACAAAAUGAAAUCUAAAUUGAGAAUUACAAGGAAAUUUUUGACUCUUUUCGAUUAAAGUUUAUGA